UCUACAUUAUGGAAACAGUUAAAAAUAUAUGACAAAUUAAAUGUGUAAGAAGUGUGCCACUAAAAUCCUCAAGAGACUCGAUGUGGACUCGUCUGUCUCGGCCCUCCAGCUGCUGAACUGACAACUUCCUCCUUUCUUCAGCAAGGAGGGGCCUCAGAUACCCUAAAAAGAGUGGAAAGUGUCCAAAAGUGGCUGAGCCUCAGUGAGCAUUACACAGAAGAUGAAGUUUUCCUUUGUCUUGUUUCUUUUAUUAGAUAUCCCUCAUCUAAAAGGGCAGCAGAAAAUCGGGGAGUUUGAACACAUUCUGCUGAGACUCUCCUUCCCUUCAUUUUACAAUAGUUACAACAAGUCCUGCUGUAAACUCUAUCCAGGAGGAUGCUACAAGCUGCUGGACAGUGCAGGAUUCACUUGUGAAUUACUGAAAGGAAGAGUUACGAAAACUGAGAAAGACGGCUGGAUAGAAUUUAAAAUAUCAAAUGUGCGCUUUGUGGACGGAGGAUAUUACAGAUGUAUUGUGCUGGGAACUCAGAACCACAUCUACAGUGAUUACUAUGUCGAGGUGUCCGAGGUUUCAGGUCGCCACAGCCAAACUCAGCCUUCACCGACAACAACUGUCAAAAGCCCCAACACCUCCACAGCACUCCCAGACUCCACUGGGCCUGCUGUGGCACAGGACCAUAGUGACCGUGCCAGAGUUCCCUGGAGUUUGGGCCUGCCACUUGCUGUCAUUUUGUCCAUUGCAGUAAUGAUUUUGAUCACUUCAGUUAUUGGUGUUGUUUGCUGCAGAGUCAAGGCAAAACGUAAACAGCAAGACAAAUAUGCAGAAACUCUAUGUGAGUCACUGAAACAAGAGGCCCCGGAAAUGAGCGGCAUAGUCUACACAACAGUGGACUUCAGAGCUCACCAGAGACCAACAGAGAUGUAUGCAAACCUGAGGAUGCACAAAACUCAAGCAAGAUCCCCUGACUCGACCUGGAGCGCAGAGCCCGAUGGGAUGGUGGAGUACUCCACACUGGCAAUCCACCAGUGAAAACCCCCUGUGAGAAUAUAGUUAAUUUCUGAAUUUAAUGGGAUGGAUUAGUUUUUUCCACUGCUGUGUUUGAAAUUUUAAUAAUUUCAGUUUACUAGUUAUGGUUAGUAGUAUUCAGACGAUAUAGGGUUUGACAGGGAUUUAUCAGGAAGGAAGGAUCCAACAAAAACAUCCAUUUGGUUGCAUUGUGGGAAAUGUUCUUUAGCAUCCAGCAUUUUUGUAGCUUGACUCAUAUUAGGGACUAAAAAUCAUCAUGAUCUGCUCCUUUGGUUUGAAAUAUUCUCUUGUCUUUAUUGAGUCCCCCAACUUAAUGGAGGUGCAAUAUUAAAUCACUGAACUACCCCGUAUAUAUAGCAUAUGUUGUACGUGAAAAUGAGAAGUCAUAAAAAUGAAAUGAUCUAUUAAAGAAAUGAACAUAGUCUGGUG